CUGCCGCCGCAACUCCUCUGCUCCCAAGCAGCGCCGCAGCCGCCAUUGCCUGGCCACCCCAAUGCCGGUGCCCCUACGACGUCGCCCGCAACCACGGCGCAGAGACGCUGCCCUCACCGCGACGAGCACCCACCGCGCCACCGAGAGCCCGAGACGACGGCGCCCUUGCCUCGACGGCUGACACGACGCCCCGGAGCCGCCUUCGCCGAGCCGUGGCCACCGCGGCCGCGACGCCACGGACCAAACCCGUGGUGAGCCCAACACGGCCGCGCUCUCCCUCGUCGCCGAGCCCCGAGCCUGCCUCAACGACCUCGGCAUCUCGGACAGCAGAAAGAGGCUCCGCGUCGUCAUUCAUCCUUUUCUCCGUCCGCGAACGCACCAAGAACGACGACGUUCGUGACUUGACGUCGUGCUCGCGUCGCGUCGUGCUGUGACAUCGCCCACGCCCCGUGACCAUGAGCCACGCCUCGUCGCUGCUGUGCUGCAGCUCCACCAUCGAGGAUCUUGGCCGUUGUUUGUAACGGGAAGAGUCGGGCCCAUGCAUGCAUAACAAACAAGCGCAUUUGCAAGCAAGCAUACAAAGAACAUAAAUCCCCAUCUCAUGCCACGUCUCCAUCUCUCCACAAUCAUCCAUAUCCAUCCAAAAUGCCGAAACGAGCCACCCUGUGAUGCAUCCCCACCCAAAUGCCACGACAUCCCACCCCCAGCCCCUACAAAUUUGGCUUCCCAAACACCCCUCGCUGUCCACGCUGUGUGUCCAGCAACCUCCAGCAGCUCUCGCUCGUCCCUCGUCAGCUAGCGAGAGGGUGGCAGCAGCGGCAGUCACAAGUCACACACGCACCUUAUGGGCUCCGGCGAGGUGGAUGGACGCGCAUUGUCGGACGCAGAGCAGCAGUAGCGGCGCCCAAGCAGAAGCAGGCGGGGGAUCUGGAUCCGAGGCACGACCACCGGGCUCCUCGCGGCGGCGACGGAGGAGGAGGAGGAGGAGGAGGAGGAGCGCAGCAAGAAGCAGAUGAGCAGCAGCGGCACCACCACCACCGCCUGCUGCAGCUCCACCAGCAAGUGCAGCAGGACCAAGACCCGCCGCCGGUCCCACUCUUCCAGCUCCAGCACCUGCAGGCCGCGGCGGCCGUGAGGCAGCGAGGUGGCUUGCCCGCCGAGUAUGCCCUUCUCACGCCCAUGGGCGAUGCCGGCCAGUCCCACUCCCACCACCACGCCUUCCAGCCGCAGCUCCUGUCCUUCGGGGGAGUCGGCCAGCACCACGUGCACCAGUUCACGGCGCAGGCGCAGGCGGCGCCGCCCGCAGCGUCCCACUCGCGUUCGCGGGGAGGAGGGGCGGGCGGCGAGGUCGCCGUGGCCCCCAUGUCCGCGUCGCACUCGCGCGUGAGGGGCGGCGCCGGUGGCGGUGGGGAGAUCGUGGCCGUGCAGGGAGGGCACAUUGUGCGCUCCACGGGGCGCAAGGACCGCCACAGCAAGGUGUGCACGGCACGCGGGCCGCGGGACCGACGCGUGCGCCUGUCGGCGCACACCGCCAUCCAGUUCUACGACGUGCAAGACCGUCUGGGCUACGACCGCCCCAGCAAGGCCGUGGAUUGGCUCAUCAAGAACGCCAAGGACGCCAUCGACAAGCUUGAGACGCUGCCCGCGUGGCAGCCCACGGCCACCGGAGCCAAUGCCGUCGCGCCGCCGUCCUCCUCCACGCACCCAGACUCCGCCGAGAACUCCGACGACGAGGCGCAGGCCAUCACCGUCGCCCACACGGCCUUCGACUUCCCAGGCGCUGCAGGAGCCGGCGGGGGCGGAAGCGGUGCGGGCUUCCUCCCGUCGUCGCUCGACUCAGACUCCAUCGCGGACACGAUCAAGUCUUUCUUUCCCAUGGCUGGCACGGGAGGUGGCGAGGCGUCUUCGUCCACGGCAGCGACGCAGUCGUCGGCCAUGGGCUUCCAAAGCUACACGCCUGACCUCCUGUCACGCACCGGCAACCACAGCCAGGAGCUCCGGUUGUCGUUGCAGUCUCUCCCAGACCCCAUGUUCCACCACCAGCACCAGGACCGGUCGCAACAAGGCCACGGCGGCAAUGGCUCCGCGCAGCAGGCGCUCUUCCCCGGCGCUGCCAGCUACUCGUUCGUCGGCGGUGGCGGCGGCACCAUGUGGGGCGAGCAGGCGCAGAGCCAGCGCAUGCUGCCAUGGAACGUGCCCGACCCAGGCGGCGGGAGCACUGGUAGCUACCUGUUCAACGUGUCUCAGCAGGCGGUGUCUCAGCAGGCGGCGCACAUGCAGGCGGCGCUUGGCGGCCAGAGCCAGUUCUUCUUCCAGAGGGGACCCCUUCAGUCCAGUAACCAGCCCUCCGAGCGAGGAUGGCCGGAGAUCGUCGAAGCCGACAACCCGAUGCAACAGCAGCAUGGUGGCGGGCUCAGCCCCACCGUGUCGGCCAUCGGGUUCACGCCCGGCAUCGGCUUCUCCGGGAUGCGCAUCCCCACUAGGAUACAGGGCGACGAGGAGCACAACGGCGGCAGCGGCAAUGGCGACAAGCCGCCGCCGUCUGUGUCCUCGGCAUCUCACCACUGACAGCAGCAGUGGAGCACAGAUUACUCCACCCACCACCAACCACCAUGGGCAUCGAGCAAUACACCAUGUAUCAGUAACAUCAUCGUCAGCUCCUCAACAUGCACCCUUGGAGUUAUAAUUUGCUGCUUCUUCCUAUGGUCCGGAAUGGACGAUUGCAACAAGAAGGAGCAAGGUUGGGAACUAAGCACUCUUUUGGUUGGUCGGUCGGUCGGUUCUCUAGAUCUCUUGCUGCUUCUGUCACUGGUUUUUGCUUCAAGAGCUCACUCGGAGCUUCUUCUUAGAAAUUAGGCUUGUGAGAAUGCAGCACAUUGGCUUGAUCGAUAUGAUGGCUUGUUUGCUGCAUUACGGUAGGUUUAGUUGAUGGAUGUUCUACUAGUUGUUGUAGUUUAAGCUUGCUUCUUUUGCACUUGCUCUUGUUUGUGAUAUGCAUGAAUGGUUAAUGUGCUUCCUCCUGGGGUUCAGGAGCUAAGCAACAGUGCUAGUACAUGUUGUUGUUAAUUAACCUGAUCAUUAAGUGGAUGGGGACAGGAGUCUUUCGUUC